UAAAGUCUAGAUUCUGAUAUGUAAUGAUAAUAAUAGCAUAUUAUAUAAAGCUUUAAGGUUUUCAAAGCACAAUAUUACUUCACAGACACAUAGUAGUGUGUUUCCAGAGUAGAAUGGAAUAAUUAUUACAUAUGUGUAAAAUCCUAGACUGGACAUUGGGAUUAAAAAGAAUAAAAAUAGCCCAGUUCCUGCCUUCAAAUGGCCUGAAAUCUAUGAAGAUGUUACAGAGCUUAAUGAAAAAUGUUUGGAUUCCAAUGAAACCCUACUAUACCAAGGUUUACCAGGAAAUCUGGGUAGGAAUGGGUGUCAUGUGGUAUAUUAUGUACAAGAUCAGAAGUGCUGAUAAAAAAAGCAAAGCCUUGAAAGCUUCAGGUGCACCGGCUCACGGACAUCAUUAACUGGAUUUAUUUUAUGAUGAAGUGAAACAUCAAGCUGGCUGUAAAUUUGAGCAUUUCAUGAUAGAAGAAAGAAUACAAGGACUUCCCAUCUUAACUUUUAGGCAUUUGUUCAUACUAUGAAAUAAAGUCACAUAUACAUAUUUACAUGGUAAUUACUGUGUUCCAAUCCAAUUAAAAUAGCCCUUUUUUGUUUAUCUGUCUCUCAAAACUUUGCAUUUGUUUUAGAAUAUAUGUGGUGGAUUAAUUGUAAUUACCUCUAAGAUAAAAUGAUUAAAAUUUUUUUGGAAACUAUCAAAUUUCUGCAAGUUUAGAGGAGCUGAGUGAUGUCAAUAAAUAUCUUGUUUAAAA